UUUAGUGCUGGAGCAAGGAAGGGACAUCCUGUGCUGGGAUCUGAGGUUUGGUUGGAGCCGGCUUUCAGGAGUGAAGGGCUCAGGGAGCCACAGCAGCCCUCAUCGAUGCUAUGAGUUUGCCUGUUCUCUUGGCACACCGAGGGGUGCAGGGAUGCCCCCCCCCCACCAGCUGGGGACAGGGACUUGGCUGCCAGUGGGUUUGCAUCAGAGCCAUGUCCCACUGUGCUGGCCAGGCACCCUCCACCACAGCGCGUCCCCUGUCCCUGCUGCCUGGGGAGCUGUAAUUAAGAUCUAAUGCUCAUCUGCUGCUGCCCAGGGGACAAAGCUCCGUCUGGAAGGAGCAGGUCAGUGUUCAGACUUUCCCAUCGCACCACAAAGAGCUCACAAACAGAGGGAGCUGUUUCCAACCGCUCCGGUGCCUGGGAAAAUCGCCUGGUUUGACGCAGACGCCCCGUUUCCGCGUCCGCCCGGGCCUCUCGCCGCCCUGAAACGCGGGUGGGCUCCGCUGCUCCUGCACCCAGCAGCUUGGCAGGGGGCUGGUGGGCUCCGAACACCCCGGGUGAGACCGGGUGAGGGGGGGUGUGUUUCUACACCAGGACCCCCAGAGGAGGCCCGAGGGGGCUGCGGGAAGGAGGGAUGGAGGUGCAGGGCUGGCCGUCCCUGCUCGCCACAGCCACCACCGGCAAUGCCACGCGUGACUCACGGGCGGCCAACGUAACCCCAGCCCCGUAUGCCAGCUUGCCCCGUGUCCUUGAGUCACCCUCCCCAGCCUCGUGGCAGGUUGUCCCUGUGCGUCACCGGCCUGUGAGCCCCUUGGCUGUGACACUCGCCCCGGCACGUGGCAAGUGGCCAGCAGCACCCCGAGGACGCCGCCACCAGGGAACCCCAAAAAGCACCCGGCCAGGAGCGAUCUUCGGUGACCCCGGCGGCUCCAUCCUCUGCCCCAAGGUAUACACCGUAUGGAGGAAGCUGCUUGCUGCCACCGCAGCCGUCCCCUCCCCUGACGUCACCACGGCCGGGUGACACGGUGGCUUGCUGGGUGCAGCACCCAGGGGAGGCUCUGGCCGGAAAGGACCCCGAUUUCGGCAGCACCGUCACCCAGUGGCACCCCGGCUGGGAAUCCUCGCACCGAGACACCAGGCUGCCGGGUGAAGCGGGAUGAGCAUGCCGGCGGAGGAGCCGGGCAACCCGGCCCAUGCUAUCUUCGAGAAGUUCCUGCGUGCCGGGGAGUGCCGGGAGGUGCUGGGCUGCUUCGGGGAGCUGUGCCGGCAGCUGGGGCUGCAGGGCAGCGGGCUGCAGCUCUACCACGGCCUCAAAGCUGCCCUCAACUACUGGAGUGCCAAGGCCCUGUGGAGCAAGCUGGAUAAGAAAGCCGGGCACAAGGACUACGACCAGGGCACAGCCUGUGCCAGCACCAAGUGCCUGGUGGUGGGGGCCGGUCCCUGCGGGCUGCGGGCGGCCAUCGAGCUGGCGCUGCUGGGCGCCCGCGUGGUGCUGCUGGAGAAGCGGGACUCCUUCUCCCGCAACAACGUCCUGCACCUCUGGCCCUUCACCAUCCACGACCUGCGGGCGCUGGGCGCCAAGAAGUUUUACGGGCGUUUCUGCACCGGCACGCUGGACCACAUCAGUAUCCGGCAGCUCCAACUGAUCCUGCUGAAGGUGGCUUUGCUCCUGGGGGUGGAAGUGCACAUCAACGUGCAGUUCAAGGGCCUCGUCCCCCCCGCGGGCAAGGCAGCCGGACAGGGCGGCUGGCGGGCUGUGCUGCAGCCCGGCUCCUCUCCCCUCAGCCACUACGAGUUCGACGUCCUCAUCUCAGCCGGCGGCGGCAAAUUUGUCCCCGAAGGGUUCAAGCGGAAGGAGACGCGGGGGAAGCUGGCCAUCGGCAUCACCACCAACUUCAUCAACCGUCACAGCCGGGCCGAGGUGGAGGUGGCCGAGAUCAGCGGCGUGGCCCGAAUCUACAACCAGAAGUUCUUCCAAAACCUCUACAACAAAACAGGCAUCGACCUGGAAAACAUCGUCUACUACAAGGACGACACUCACUAUUUCGUCAUGACGGCCAAGAAGCAGAGCCUGCUCAAGAAGGGGGUCAUCCUGCAGGACAAAGCGGACAUCGAGAGCCUGCUGUCCCCGGAGAACGUGAACCGGGACGCCCUCCUCAGCUACGCCAAAGAAGCUGCCAAUUUCUCCACCAACUACCGCCUGCCCGAGCUGGAGUUUGCCCUCAACCACCGGGACCUGCCGGACGUCGACAUGUUCGACUUCACCUGCAUGACGCGCUCGGAGAACGCGGCGCUGGUGCGGGAGCACAACGGGGCCCGUCUGCUCCUCGGGCUGGUGGGCGACUGCUUGGUGGAGCCCUUUUGGCCGCUGGGCACCGGCGUGGCCAGGGGUUUCCUCGCCGCCUUCGACGCGGCGUGGAUGGUGCGGCGGUGGGCAGCCGGGACCCCCCCGCUGGAGGUGCUGGCCGAGAGGGAGAGCAUCUACCAGCACCUCUCGCAGACCUCCCCGGACAACACCCACAAGAACAUCAGCCAGUACAGCAUCGACCCGGCCACGCGCUACCCCAACAUCAACCUGCAGGCCAUCAAAGCCAAUCAGGUCCGGGACCUCUACCUCGUGGGUGUGGUGGAGGUGGACCACAAGAGGAAGAUCAGCAACCAACUCAGCACCGCGGUCUCCGGAGACGCCUACGAAGAGCUGCUGAGGUGGUGCCAGGCCAGCACGGCCGGGUUCCGCGGCGUGGAGGUGACCGACUUCACCAGCUCCUGGACCAGCGGCUUGGCCCUCUGCGCCCUCGUCCACCGCUUCCGCCCCGACCUGGUGGACCUGAACUCCAUGGACCUCCAGGAUCCCAUCCGGACCCACCAGAUGAUACUGGACGUGGCGGAGCAGGAGCUGGGCAUCCAGCCCGUCCUCUCCAGCGCCGAGAUGGCCACCAUGGCAGAGCCCGACCGCCUGGGGCUCAUCACCUACCUCAGCCAGUUUUAUGAAGCUUUCAAGACCUCUCCAGAGGCGGAGGAGGUCAGGAAGAAGCCGCUGUCUCCCCACGGCACGCGAGGGGCCAUCCUCUUCCUCAGCAAGCUGCAGAAGAGCCGGAACCUGACACACAAACGUGCCCAGGAUAGUGCCCAGAAGGAUGCUGAGGCCAAGAGGACCCGCAGGGACGCCGAGCUGGACACGGGGCUGGAUGGAGACACUCCGGACGGUGCCCACGAGCCGCCGCCAACGGCCACGACGGACCCAGGGCAGCCACCCGCCCGCGGGGAGAGCAGCGACGCCUGCUACUUCUGCAGCCGCCGCGUCUACAUCCUGGAGCGAGCCAGCGCCGAGGGACGCUUCUUCCACCGCGGCUGCUUCCAGUGCCGGCGCUGCGGGGCCACCCUGCGCCUGGGCGACUACGCCUUUGACGAGGAGGACGGUCAUUUUUACUGCUCGCUUCACUACCCCACUCCCCCCGGCAUGGACCUGCCCCAGGACGAGCCCCCGGCGCUGCCCCAUGGGGGUGCCACUGCUGGCCACCCACCCGUGGACGCUGGGAGCCCAUGUGUGUCCCCCCUGGAGGGGUCACCCGGUCCCCUGCAGCCCCCACUAGCAGCCCCACGGCCGGAGGGAGAGCCUGGGGUAGCGGAGGAUGCUGUGGAUGGUGGUGACAUGAAGGAAGAUGGUGACAUGGAGGAGCACGGUGACAUAGAAGAGCAUGGUGUCAUGGAGGAGCACACUGACAUGGAGGAGCAGGAGCUGCCUACACAGCCUGGAGGGGAUGCAGAGGAGGAGGAGGGUGCUGAACCAGAGCCCCGAGGGCUGGCAGAGGAGGGUGAGGAGAGCGGGGGCAGGAGGAAGAUCGUCCUUACGCCCCUGGAGAAGCUCAAGCUGUCCACGCUGAAUCUCACUGGUGAAGCGGAGCUCGAGCCACCGCCGAAGCCGGCUCGUCUGCGGCUCCAAGCGGCACCCGAGGUCCUCCCUGCCCUGUGGCAGAAACAAGGUGCCUGGGAGGAGGAGGAGGAGGAAACGGCCAUGGAGGAAGCUUUGGAGGAGAGUGACAGUGACGAAGAAGAGGAGGAGGAAGAGGAGGAAGGCGCAGACACCAGCAUCAUGGCAGAGCUGUGCCUGGACCUGGGGGAAGAGGAGAAAUACCCCACCUGGAAGCGCACGCUGACCCGCCGGGCCAGGGAAGCCCAGAUGAACCGGUUCUGCAAAGCCCAGACCAUCCAGAGGCGGCUGGAGGAGAUUGAGGUGACGUUCCGGGAGCUGGAGCAGCAGGGUAUCAAGCUGGAGAAGUUACUCCGGGAUGAGGACGGCACCCCGGCCGACCAGAAGACGCAGUGGAUGAACCAGCUGCUGUACCUGGUCCAGAAGAAGAACAGCCUGAUGUCCGAGGAGUCCGACCUCAUGAUCGCGGUGCAGGAGCUGAAGCUGGAGGAGCAGCAGUGGCAGCUGGACCACAGGCUCCGGUUCUACAUGAACAUGGAGGAAUCCCUGAAGACGCCCGAGGAUCGCGUGGCCGAGCAGGAGAUCCUGGCGCAGCUGGUGGAGGUGGUGAACAAGCGCAACGUCCUCAUCCACAUCCAGGAGGAGAAGCGGCUCAGCGAGCUGCAGGCCUGAGCCCCGCGGCCCCAGGACCCACCGGUUCCUCCCCGGGGCGGGGGGGGACAACGAGUGGUCCCCACCCCAGCAGAGCAUCACCCUGAGCUGCUUCUGAAGGUGGCGAUGCCUGAGCUGCCCGCAGGGAGCUGCGGCGGCGAAUCCAGGUCCCCGCUUGCCAAAGCCUGCCGUGGAGGGGCCGGACCCGCUGGUGGAUGCCCAUGUGGGGAGACACCGAGGAGUACCCCAGCUUUGGGGUGCAGAGAGGGCGUCCCCGCGCUUGCCUGGACUGCCUUUGCCUUGUGCUUGCUUGAAAACAAGAUUUGCAGGGGGCUACGGAACACGGGGACUGCGGCGGCUCUGCCCGCGGCUUGCUACAGGAGGAAGAAGCCCCCACAGGGGAGUGGGAUCUCCACCAGAUCUGGAGGUCCCACAGCCGUCACCCCUUCAAGGGGACGCUGCCCGGAGGCUUGGUCAGGGCAUCGAAAGCGUUUUGUCCAGCAGAGCCCUUUGUGCUGGAGCUGCGCCGCUGGCUGCCUCAGCACAGGCAGGAGAGAUGCUCCGUGGCUGCCCAGCCGCCACCGGGCAGCAAAGGGCUUCGCUCCCAACAGCAAGGACAUGACUGUGGCCACCACAGGCGGGUCACAGUGGAGAUGCCAAAUGUGGAGGGGCAAUGUCAGGAGUAGCCCCUGGAAGCCAACCCGGACGUCCUUCCCAGCUGGGAACAUCCAUCCUAACGCAGGACAUCAAUCCCAGCCCGGGACGUCCAUCCUAGCCUGGGACAUCCAUCCCAGCUGAGGACACCCGUCGUAACACAGGACAACCAUUGCAGCCCGGGACAUCCAUCCUAAUGCAGGACAUCCAUCCCAGCCUGGGACAUCCGUCUCUUCCGGGGACAUCCAUCCCAGCCAGGGACAUCUGGCUCUACGAGUCGGGUCAGUGACAGACAGACUGGGCUGAUCCCACCGCUCUCCAUCACUGCUUUUGGGUGCCACGUCCACGUUGUCCCCGGCCACUGCAGGGAGCCAGGGUCAGAACCCCCCUGCGAGGCCCCAGGGCCGGGGAAGGGGCUUUUUGACCAGCAGGUCCCCGUGGGGAUCGUGUCCAGGGCCGGUG